AGAGGAAGAGACGAGUGGAGAAAUAAUUAAAAUAAUAAUAAGUGAAAAACGACUCUUCGAAUUUCUAAUCUAUCGGGUGGUUUUUUCUUUAAAAGCUUCUAACACACGCAAUCGAAGCAUGUUUCGCCUUUUAUAAUUUUAGGGUUUUUUUUUUUGUUUUAUUUUUUAUUAAAUCUUCCUUGAUUUCCAUUUUAUUUUGUUUCAUCGAGAGAAUCAAUGAAAGCGAAAAGGCCAUGGCUCGAAUCAUAAAGCGUGAAAUAGUUUGUAGUAAUAGCAAUAGUAGUGAAACUGAAGCUAACGAUUCCGAUCAUCAACAUGUUAGUGACCGUAGAACUCUUCGUUCUCGUUAUCUCGCUGUUAAGACUCUUAUUUUCGAUGAAAGAGAUGAUAUUUCAAGGACUGAUUCUGCUAAAUUCAACUCAAUUUUUAAUGAAGUAGAGAGCUUACAUCAACAUGUGCAGAAACCUAGAGAACAAAUUGCUGAUGCUGAGGCACUAUUGGACAUUGCCAACACCUUGGUUACCUCUGUCAAAGCAACAAAUGGUGAUGGGAUUACUGUUGCUGAUUUCGUUAACUGUCUUCUUGGAGACUUUGCAAAACAAAGUGGACUAGGUGGUGAUAGUAGUAAUAGUCAGGAUGGCAGAACCUUAAUAGAUUGGAAGAAGAUUGGAAUUGAAGUCUCACAUGUUUUUAGGAGCAGUCCUGGAUGUCGUACCAUGAUUGGGCCUAUGGAUACGCAACUAAAGCAACGGAGAGCCAGUGUUCGCAGAAAACGUAUGAGACCUGCAGAAAAUGUGCAGCCUGCAGAGGUUGAUGAUACCGGUACGCACACGAGGACAGAGACUGAUGGUAAUAUGUCAACCAUGUUUGACAUUCUGAGGAAGCAUAGAAGAGUGAAGCUUGAAUAUUUAGUAUUGAAUAGGAAUUCUUUUGCACAAACAGUGGAAAAUCUAUUUGCCCUGUCAUUUCUAGUUAAAGAUGGGCGCGCUGAGAUAAAAAUGGAUGAGAAAGGCUUUCAUCUAGUCUCACCAAGGAAUGCUCCUGCUGCCAGGUUAGUUGCAUCAAAAGAGGUUGUUUACAACCACUUUGUCUUCAGAUUUGAUUUUAAGGAUUGGAAGUCUUUAUGCAAAAGAGCUGUCAACUUUCUGUCUAUCAUGGAGCUGCUGGUUUUCACCAUUUCAAACUUAAGAGAAUGGCUGAUGACAAAUUAUGUUGAGAUCGGGCAAGAAAUGAUGCCUAAUAGGGGUCAAGUUGAUGUAUGUUCUGAAGCAGCAGUAUCUAUAACACCAAUUAGAAAGCUUUCCAGAAACCAUGGCUUGGUUUUACGGGAACAGUCAACGGUGGAAGAUUCACCUCAGAGUAAUGACACAGAACAAACAUGUGCUACCAUUACGAUGCGGAAAUGAAAGGUUAGCUAAUUCUGAAGGUGAAUGCAGACACUUGUACGGCAUUUUCUCAACGAAAUUUUCUGGGUUUCAUUAACACUGCUAGGGUGCGCUAAGCGAUGAUGAUGGCACAAAGAAAAGAUUGUUUUCUACUAGUUUGAUUUACUUGCUUGGAAUUCUUAUGUAUAAGUUUGUAAAUGUGUUUCGGGCUUUUAGAGAGAUGAUAAGUUAUUAUUGAAUGGUUCAAGUGGCAGACAUUCUUUCAGGAU